GGUUGGUCACCCAGAUCCCAUUAUUUUGUACUAUGGCUGACACAUUAGGUUUUCAUUUCAGACUCGAAGAUAAAAAAACAGGAGGCAAAAGAGAAGAAGAAAGGUUGAAUUGAAAAGCAGGAUGAUACUAACAUGGUAGUGUAAUUGGUAUAGAAAACUACAAAAGGAAAGUUCCAUUCCUAUGGAAAGAAAUUGCAGGUGAAAAGCCGUACAAAGUCGUCUCAUUUGAAGAACGACAGGAUCCCAGAGAUGGAGGGUGAAUUGGGUUCGGGUGACAAGACGGCGUUGCUGAUGAAGAGUGGGAGCUGGAAACGUGGGCGGUUCUAUAGGCGUAACUCGGUCAACUCACUGAGGAAUGAGUUUGUCUCGAGGUUGCCUGACAAGGUUCGCUCUGGUGUGGAUGCUGAGUCCCCGUUUCGCAUUGAUGUCUCCAAAACCGGAGGCUUAACUCGAGGUGAAAAGGAGUACUAUGAAAAACAAUUUGAGACCUUGAAAUCCUUUGAAGAAGCUGAUGCUUUGGAUGCAUCCUCUCAGAGUGUGGAUGGGGAAUAUGAUGAAGACAAAGAGCAAGCCCAACAUGAAACAGCCAUGAAGAUUUCUAAUUAUGCAAAUAUUAUCUUACUGGCAUUUAAGCUCUAUGCUACAAUAAAGAGUGGAUCAAUAGCCAUUGCAGCAUCAACAUUAGAUUCUUUACUUGAUCUCAUGGCUGGCGGCAUACUUUGGUUCACUCACUUGUCAAUGAAAAACAUAAACAUCUACAACUAUCCAAUUGGAAAAUUGAGGGUGCAGCCUGUAGGCAUAAUCAUCUUUGCUGCAGUGAUGGCUACUCUGGGCUUUCAAGUGUUGGUCCAGGCUGUGGAGCAGCUAAUAAAAGAUACACCUUCAGAAAAAAUGUCCUCAAGUCAAUUAGUGUGGUUGUACACCAUCAUGUUGUCUGCUUCUGUGGUAAAACUUGCCCUCUGGAUUUACUGCAAAAGCUCAUCCAACAAGAUUGUUCGGGCUUAUGCAAAGGAUCACUAUUUCGAUGUGGUAACAAAUUUAGUAGGAUUACUUUCAGCUAUUCUAGGUGAUAAAUUUUACUGGUGGAUUGAUCCGGCUGGUGCUAUUGCCCUUGCAAUUUACACGAUAUCAAAUUGGUCAGGAACUGUUAUGGAAAAUGCAGUUUCUCUAGUGGGACAAUCGGCUCCUCCUGAAUUCCUACAAAAGUUGACAUAUCUUGUCCUCAGACACCCUCAAGUCAAGCGUAUUGACACAGUCCGAGCUUACACAUUCGGUGUUCUUUAUUUUGUAGAGGUUGACAUUGAACUCCCUGAGGAUUGUCCUUUAAAAGAAGCUCACGCAAUAGGAGAGACCUUGCAGAUAAAGAUCGAGAAACUUCCAGAAGUUGAGCGGGCAUUUGUUCAUCUUGACUUCGAAUGUGCACACAAACCAGAGCACUCUGUUCUUAACAGGCUACCCAACAGUCAGCCUUGAUUGUAGUUGGUCUCCUGUCUAGAGGAAAGUUUUCCUUCAGAUCUUUACACAACAAUUUUCUUCCUCCAGUGGUUCUCGAUUAUCAGCAGUAGGUUUAGCAAACAAAAUAAUUUUCAUAGGGAAUCACCCCACGAGUGAAGCAUUUAUUCUCUUGAUGAUUAAGAAUAGAUGUGCAGCAUAUGGUCUUUCAUCGCUGAUCUCUGCAACUACAAGAGCAUGGCACGAGGAAUUUGUUUAGCCUUUCAGAAAUAUAUAUGUAUAUAUAUAUAUAUGAAGUAAAUUGUCGAGUUGGUUUGGGCAUCUUGUAAAUGUCUAUUGCUUUUCAUUUUGACAAUUUAAUUGUCCUUAGCAAUUCCCUGUUAGAAUCUGUAUGCAAGUGUUACAAAAUCACAAGAACAUUCAUAAAUUCAUCUAUUACAAGCUUGUGCACCUAAUGAUAAUUCUGGGUUGAACUGUUUUUACC